AUGACUACGCCCUGUUCUUCUGAAGCCCUUCCUGCUAUUUUUGACUCCCUGACAUCUGCAUUUCAGACUCUUCUCACAAGCCUUCGAGCACAUCGGGAACUUCAGAAGAUCCUGCGCCAGAGGCUUGAUUUUGCCGCAAAUGAGUACGAAAAACUCAUAGCCGCAGACGGCAGUGCCUCUGAAGCCUCAGUUGCUGCUAGUCAAGUAGCCAAACUUCUACGGGCACCAUUGCCGGACCCUGAAGACCCCGAGAAGUUGGACGUAGUCAAGAAGGCAAAUUCUCAUCUACGGAGGAACAAGAUGGCCAAUCCCAAAGCAAACACCAACAUUGCCCGAUGUCCAGUGAAGCAUGUGACCUUGGAUCCGGAAGACAUGGAGAGAGACUUCACAACGCCGGGAGUCCAAGGCAAUCUAGGUUGCCCGUUCGCAAAGAUGACGUCCGAUGGGCAGCUACAUACCCCGAGUAGCUGUGAAGAUCCUAUUGCAGCUGAAUUCCAUCCAGACAUUGCUUCUGCAAGGUCGGUUGCCACUGAACAGCGUCCAGGCCAGUGUCCCAUACGCUUUCUCGACCAACACUCCCCCGAGGAAGUCGCGCAGUAUUUCGAGAAUCACAAACAUGAAAUUCCCCGAAGCCAUGAAAUAUGUGUGAGAAGGUACCAGGGAGACGAGACUAGCGUGAGGCAACUCGAUGCAAAGUACGGCAACUUGGUCAAUAUGAUACAAGGAUUAGGCGUCAAACACAAGGCUUAUCUUCCUGGGAAGGAUCGUGUUGAAGAGCAGGAGCAUGCACCCGGACGUACAGUCGAGACCUGGAACGAUGAUGUUGAUUCGUAUUCAGAGCCCACACCCCCGACACAUGAAAUCCAAGUCGAAGACGAGGAUGCUAGGUUAUCACGCUUUGAGAAACCUUUGAGAGAGAUUCGAGUUGGUGAGUCUCCGAGUCGGCCUUGGGGUAUCUCUGUACCCCCUGAUAAAGAGCCCACCCCGAGUGCUCUGCAGUCCGAUGCGGGGGUUGAUCACCCUGAACUAAAACCCAUCCAAACAUCACCCAAAAGUCAGUCGCGCAAGUGUCCUGUGGAUCAUAGACAGGCGGCCACUACCUCCCAGACUGCUCCAAAGGAGAAAGAUGAUACACGGGAAUUACAGAACACACCCACCCAGAUCAUCUUCAAUGGUCCCGUCUUUUUUGGCUAUUCGGCCGAGCAGGUGGCGGUCCUGCUGCAAAACACAAACUUGGGCAGCACGAAGCCACCUCCUGCAUGA